CUGUCGCUCCUCAGCCUUGCGGCCGCUCAUUUGUCAGUCACAUCCGCUCCUGGCAGCGCACAGGCAAUUGUUGCGCAGAGAGCCUAUCCGGUUCUCAGAAACGGCACUCUCCAGGCUCUGAAUCAAGCCAUCAGUCGCGAAGUCAGUCAACGCCCUCGGAAGGAUACCUUGGCCGGAGGUGGCGGAAGUUCCGCCCUCACGAUCAUCCUUGCCACAGCAGUCGCUCUCUGCUACGAAGAGAUGCUGAUACCAGAGUCCACAAAUUGGAAUGUGCACUUGCAAGCGUGCCGUGCGAUGAUCGAAUGGAACCAGUCGCGAAACAGUGGCCGUCAGUCCAACGAUGCCUUGUCGAGAUUUGUUGUCAAGGAGGUGGAAGACUUCGAAAUCUUCAAGAAUCUCGUGUCGUUCUCGAAGCAGCAGCCCAGAACCAAGUGCCCCUUGCAGUCAAGUCCCGAAGACCGUCUCUGGGCUUUCACCAUUCUUAUUAGUGAAAUCACCGCAGUGGAGCGUUCCACCUAUGAACUCCAUGGAGAGGGGUAUGGGCUGGAGGAGCACGAGAUGGGUAUCUGGCGAGAAAGAGUGGAACAAGCGUACAAGCAGGUCUGUGUCACAGCGGCUUCGGCUUCACGGCAUGAUGAAGCCACUCGCAUCCACUUCAAUGCCAUGGUAAAAGCUCACUACUAUGCUAUUCUGAUCUAUGUGGAACAAGCCCUGGCGCCUCGCAGACACGCAGAGCGGGCCAUCGAUCUCCAUCUGUCCAUACUGUUCCAAGACCUCCAAGGCCUCGUGAAAGACUCUUCGCAUGUAUUCUCGCAUGUACUGUUCUUCCCCCUGUUCAUCGUGGGUACCGAAUGCUGGGGCGAUGCGCACAGACAGAGCGUGGUCCAGAAGGCAUUCAUAGAACUAAUCGCCGCGACCGGAGCAUGGUGUAACCACACAGUACUGCAGUUCUUACUUGCCCUCUGGGCUCGACCGGAUUACUGGGGUAUGGGGCAAUGGAUUAAGUAUGCUCGGGAGAAUGAGGGCGAGAUUGGGCCGUUCAUGCUUUUCUGA